UGCUGCACGGUGGCGGGCCUGGUCGCGCCAGGCUGGGGGUUGUUUUUGUAAAUGUGAGAAUCGCAAAAGGAGUAAAUUAGAGAGCUACAAAAGAGGCGAAGGGAGUCUUUAAACGAAGGAGUUACAUGAGGUUCUUGGGAUUUCUCCUGGCCAGCAUGAGUGCUUCCCAGAUUCCAAACCCCUCUUCCUUCUGCAGUUGAUGACUUGGGAGAUGAGCCAGUGAUGGCAGACAGUGUCAGGACCUUCCUUUAUGGUGUUGCAACGGGGAUUAAGGAUUCCAUUCUCGGGAUCGGGACCAUCUCCAAGCUAGAUGCCCGCAUUCAGCAGAAGAGGGAGGAGCAGAGGCGGCGGCGGGCCAGUGGCGCGCUGGCGCAGAGGCGGGCGCAGAGCGAGGAGCGCCGGCAGGAAAGUGAUCCCAAGUUAGCCAGCCGGAUUCUGCAGUGCUGUGCGUGGAAUGGAGGCGUUUUCUGGCUCAGUCUAUUCCUUUUCUACCGGGUGUUUAUCCCACUUCUUCAGACUCUUACGGCAAGAAUUAUCGGCGACCCCUCUUUACACGGCGACGUCUGGUCCUGGCUCGAGUUCAUCCUGACGUCCGUGUUCAGUGCCCUCUGGGUGCUGCCUCUCUUCGUGCUCAGUAAAAUUGUCAACGCCAUUUGGUUCCAGGAUAUUGCGGAUCUUGCGUUUGAGGUGUCAGGCCGGAAACCUCAGCCCUUUCCCAGUGUCAGUAAGAUCAUUGCUGACAUGCUGUUCAACCUCCUGCUGCAAGCGCUCUUCCUCAUUCAGGGUAUGAUCGUCAGCCUCUUCCCCAUCGAUGUGGUUGGUCAGAUGAUCAGCCUUCUCCACAUGUCCCUGCUCUACUCUCUGUACUGCUUUGAGUACCGCUGGUUCAACCACGGUAUCGAGAUGCACCAGCGGCUCUCAAACAUAGAGAGAAACUGGCCCUACUACUUUGGUUUUGGUUUGCCAAUGGCUCUUCUCACUGCCCUGCCAUCUUCCUAUAUCAUCAGUGGCUGCCUGUUCUCAAUCCUCUUCCCUCUCUUCAUCAUCAGCGCAAAUGAGGCCAAGAGUCCUGUCAAACCUUAUCACUUUCAGCUGCGUCUGUUCUCCCUGGUGGUCCUCAUCAGCAACAAGCUGUUCCACAAGACCAUGAACCUGCAGUCUUCGCUCACGGCCGCGGCCCCCUGCGAGCGGCUGGCCUCUCCCCGCGCCUCCCCGGCCCGCCAGCGCCCCCUGCUGGCACAGUGAGGAGAGCAGGGAAGGGCAGCCUGGACAACGACACACUCCACGUGGCCCUACCGGGGGUCCCGGGCUUCAGACCACUCAGGCAAAACAAGGUCUCAAUGGCUCUAGUUUCAUUUCCUGGAAUUGUUUGUUGUUGUUGUUGUUGUUGUUGUUGUUGUUGUUGUUGUUGUUUUUUAGACUGAUUCACGCUGGAGGGUUUUCUCGUCCUGUUUGAAAUGAAUUAGGAGCAGACGUUCUUUUUUUUUUUUUCCAAGAAAAUGCUACGGUUUGGACUGCUCUGUGCCUGAGACCGCUUGUGUUUCGUUUUCCAAGGGGGCGGGUGGUGUGAGGAGUGUGCAGAAAAUGUGCCAUUAUGCCCAUGUUAAUAGUAUUGUUCCAGCUGACGAAAGCACAGACACCACUUGUGCACAAGCAGAUGUGCAGACUUUUUGUUUUUCUUCCGUUUGCUUGUUUACAUGCUGAAGCUUCUAACCUGCAAACUCCACCCGGUGGUCACAGCUAACCCAGGAUCAAGCGGACUAGGAAAUCAAACUCAGACGUCCAUGUGUUGUGUGCAAUAGUCUAGUUCGUGCUGCGCUAGUACCAAGGAGCAGGGAAAUUAGGUAAAAGCGAGCGUUACUUAAAGUACACCAAAAAAGCCAUCCAGAUGUCCUGUUGGUGGUGUCACAGACGGAAACACAUAGGCUGUAGUAUUACUGUGAAGUUGCCUCCAAGCAUUUUCUUUGCCUGCCAAGAUGUGUGUUUGGUGACGUGCUGUCUUAAAAGAGGAAUGGAUGCAAGCAGGUCUUUCCUUCAGUAAUUUUAGGGUGGCAUCUUUAUGGGAUGUCAGCGUUCUAAGUACUUUAAUGGUCUGGGUGUUGAUAUGGCAGUUUUCUCUCUAUUUGGAUCAGACUGCGGUUUGGUUUUCUUUUUUAAUACCAUUCUGAACUUCUGCACAAAUUCAGGGAUUUAGCAACUGCAGUGGACCUGAAGUUCCCCAGACCAUACUCUGUUCCCAUGUAGUAAAAAAAAACUCCGAAGAUGAAGACAUCUUCUGUUGGCUCUGGGGAAGAAAUCUUUAUCCUCUUCAGCCCCUGGCGCUGAUCUGGACUUGUGGAAGAUGACUUUUUCCCUCCUUCCGACCCUAACGUUUGUGUAGUGACAUGUGGAAGUACUUGAAGUGGGUGGUGAUGACAUUGAAAGAGAGACUAUUUUCCUUCACGUGAGAAUUACACUGUAUGUUGUUAUUUUAAAUAAAAACUGUAUAAGGAUUGUCUUGAGGGAAAAAAAACAGUUUGUCUGUUGUCCAGGAAUAAGAUUAAAGACUUUCAAUGACCCUA